AUGGAUUUCAAUCCAUAUAUGAAUUUAAAUUUUCUUGAUCUUCUUCAAAGUCAACAAGAUACUAGCAUCAAUUUAGAAUCCUCCCAUGUUCCUUUAUUUGGGUCCCAAGAAACUGAAGCUUCAAAUUUCAAACCAGACAGUCAUGCGGAGAGUAGAGGACGCCGCACGUGGACUCCAACAGAUGAAAAUGUCCUCAUUAGCGCCUGGUUAAACACCAGUAAAGACCAUGUCGUAGGGAAUGAGCAACGGUCGGUUGCUUUCUGUAAAAGGAUAGCAACCUACUACUCGGCUAGUCCCAAGAUCGCUGAGUGUGACAGAAGAGAGUCAUCACAGUGUAAGCAAAGGUGGCACAAGAUCAACGACUUGGUGGGCAAGUUUUGUGGAGCUUUUGAAGCAGCAACUCGUGAGAAAAUCAGUGGGCAAAACAAGAAUGAUGUUCUCAAACAUGCCCACGAAAUCUUCUUCAACAACUACAAAAAGAAGUUCACAAUAGAACAUGCUUGGAAAGAGCUUAGACAUGACCAGAAGUGGUCUGAUCUUUCUUCGGCUUGCUCUCAAGGAAAUUCCAAAAGGCAGAAGUUAGAUAACGGUUUGCACUCAGCCUGCUCUCUAGCUGAUGAUGGAACGACUCAACCCCCUAGUGUUAAGGCUGCAAAAGCUCGUGGGAAGAAACAAGUAGGCGAUGGGAAAGAACUUGAUGAGUUUCAGAAAAUGUGGAGAAUCAAGCAAGAGGAUUUGGUUAUUAAGGAAAAGCUGUCGAAGAUGAAGCUUCUGGACAGAAUCAUGGCAAAACAAGAACCUCUAGAUGCUGAUGAAGAAGCUCUGAAGAAGAAGAUGCUUGCGGGACAGAGUUUUGGCUUUGGAGUCUUGCCUUCGACUGAAGAGAGUCACGGAGUCGACACAGAGAUGUCUGGUAGUGUCAAGUGGAGUAAAUUGUAUGUGUCUUUAUGUGUAUGUGUCUAUUAG